UUAAAUAUAUGUUAUUGAAUGUGAUCACCAGUUAUGUCAGAUGAUGAAAAUGAAAGCACAACUUUGAAAGGACUUGACAAUGGAGCUGUUUUCUUCAUACUGAAGCCCAUAACACAAGAUAAUAUACAUUAUUUAUGGGAAUAUGCAACCUCCUUGCGAAAGAAGAAGCAUACAAGCAAACAAGUUGUUAAUCAAGAAUUUCAAGAAAAUACUAGUGAGAAAAUCUCCAAUGAAGUAAUUUAUAUUGAAUCUUCGUCGUCGGUCAGGGAGAGGAACAAGUCCACCAGGAAAUAUGAAGAGGGUGAAAAUGAAGACAAUUCAUCUCUACUAUCAAAGAAGAGUAGACUUGUUUGGACAAAUUUCCUUCACAACAAAUUCUUGGAAGCCGUUACAAAACUUGGUGUUAAGGAAGCUAAUCCGACCAAAAUUCUUGAACUCAUGAAUAUCCCUGAAUUGACUAGAUCAAACAUUGCCAGCCAUUUGCAGGUUUAA